AUGGCAACUGACAAUGCAACCGAUCUUGACAAGCUAUGUGUGUCUGCAUUCGACAGCGAGUAUCUCGACGACAAAACACUUGCCAUGUCGCAGCAUCAGGAAGCAAUCAAUGGAUUAAAGCAGCUUCAGAAAUCGUCUGAUGACAAGCAGCGCAAGAAAGCAGCGAAGAAACAAGUCAAAUUCCACACUGCUAGGCUCCAAUUGCUUCAGGAGUUGGGGAAUGGAAGCAUAUUGAAGGUUCUCCCUACAGCCAAGUCUGCCCAGCAAGAAUUGCUUGUCGGUAGUACUGCUCUCUCUAUGGAUCAAUGGCGCAUCAAACUCUAUCAAGAAGCGUAUACAGCGGACCCAAACGCACAAAUCCCUGCCGAUGCGAUUCAUCUCUUCACAAAGCCCAUUCCCCCAUACUCACCAACGGUUCCCCUGACUCCCCCUUCAGUCUUCGAAAUUCACUAUAGCAGCGAGAUGAAUGGCCUCAACGGCGGCAAUUUCUUCUACGUCAAAGCCAAGGACCCCACGACCCAUCAAACCUUCUACGUCUUGAAGUUACUGAAGCAGCGAGGGAUGCAAAUGACAGAAGCGCGACUAUACCGAGCAGCAGGAUUCACAUCAAACGGAGCGUCUCUCGUGACAAUUUCUCAAAUAGACACGCGCCAGCUCGGCGGUUGUAGUCCAUCCAGUAUUGGCCGUAAUCUGACUCUCGACAAUAGUUUCGGUGCUGUCGAAGAGAAAAUGGACCGCCAAAUGAAACCGCAUUGGAAUCCACGACGCUUUACUUACGGCGGGAGGAAUUUCGUUUGGAAACGCCGUGAGGGCUCCUUGGCAGGCGUGGGACCACAGGAUCUAUAUGAGACUACGAGGGUGUGGCCGGACCCAUCCAGCAAGACUGGCAAGUUUCUGGAUGAUGUCUUGCCGGAUUGUUAUUCUUGGGGGGAGAUGAAGGCGAGGAUUACCAAGUUAUGCAUCAUCAAUAUCAGAGGGGGGAUCGAUCAGGCUUUUAUGGAGUACAUUCUCGCCAGUCAGUUGACUAAACUGAUUGUUGAGCUGCAUGGGCAUGAUUGA